GUAGCUUGCAUGCAGCUCAUCAAUGCUCUCGUUACGUCUCCUGAUGACUUGGAUUUUAGGCUUCACAUCAGAAAUGAAUUUAUGCGCAGCGGAUUGAAGGAGAUAUUGCCACAAUUGAAAUGUAUAAAGAAUGAAGCACUAGAUAUUCAGCUGAAAGUGUUCAAUGAACAUAAGGAAGAAGACAUGAUUGAAUUCUCUCAUCGUUUAGAAGAUAUUAGAUCUGAACUAGAUGAAGUAAAUGACGUUUACAACAUGGUGUGGAAUACAGUUAAGGACACUAGCGCUGAAGGAUAUUUCCUUUCUAUUCUCCAACAUCUUUUGCUGAUAAGAAAUGAUUAUUUUAUACGUCCACAGUAUUUCAAAUUAAUUGAAGAGUGUGUGUCCCAGAUAGUGUUACAUCGAAGUGGAACAGACCCGGAUUUCACGUAUCGUAAAAGAUUAGAUAUCAAUUUCAGCCAUUUAGUAGAUAUUUGUGUAGAUAAAGCAAGAUUAGAAGAAUGUGAAGAGAGGGCUUCUGAACUUUCCAGAAAAUUUGAAAAAGAUUUUGUAGUUCAUCAGGAGACCCAAGCCCUACUGCAAAAAAAAGAAGAAAGAAUCAAUGAACUUGAAGCAGAAUUACAAGCUUUUAAAUCACGGUAUGGCUCCUUGCCACCUGGUUUUCUACCAUCAACACAUGGAGAUGCACCUGUCGUUCCCCUGGAGGCUGCAGGACCACAUCAACUUCCACCUCUUCCUCCUCCACUGCUGCCUUCUAAUGGAGCGAUUCCACCACCACCGCCUCCCCCUCCUCCUCUGCCACUUUCAAAAGGCUUGGGAAUUCCUCUGGCUUUUGCUGGUGCUCCUCCACCACCGCCUCUACCAGGCCUGCCUGGAGCACAGUGGUCUCCACCUUCAUGUACUUUGCCAUUUGGAAUGAAGCCUAAAAAAGAAUUCAGACCUGAAGUUACCAUGAAAAGACUCAACUGGUCCAAGAUCAGACCUCAGGAAAUGACAGAAUCCUGUUUUUGGGUUAAGGCAGAAGAGGACAAGUAUGAGAAUGCUGACAUACUUUGCAAACUGGAACUUACGUUUUGUUGUCAAAAAAGGGUAAAAAAAGAGGAGGAAGAUUUUGAAGAAAAGAAAUCCAUUAAGAAACGAAUCAAAGAAUUAAAAGUUUUGGACCCAAAGAUUGCACAGAAUCUGUCAAUUUUCCUUGGCUCUUUCCGAGUGCCUUAUGAGGAAAUCAAAAUGAUGAUAUUGGAAGUAGAUGAAAAUCAGCUGUCAGAGUCCAUGAUUCAGAAUUUAAUAAAACAUCUUCCUGAACAAGAACAAUUGAAUGCAUUAGCCAAGUUCAAGAGCGAGUAUAAUAAUUUGUCGGAGCCAGAGCAGUUUGGAGUUGUGAUGAGCAACGUGAAGAGACUACGGCCACGACUCAGUGCUAUUCUUUUUAAGCUUCAGUUUGAGGAGCAGGUGAACAACAUCAAACCUGACAUCAUGGCUGUCAGUGCUGCCUGUGAAGAGAUAAAGAAGAGUAAAAGCUUUAGCAAGCUGCUGGAACUAGUAUUGUUAAUGGGAAACUACAUGAAUGCAGGUUCUCGGAAUGCACAGACCUUUGGAUAUAAUCUAAGCUCCCUAUGUAAA